AGUUACGCUCGGACAAUGGUUAAUGGGCCUCCGAAUUCAUAUCGGGCGGCCUAUAUCGUGGCCCACUGGAUGCGUGGAGAACCAAGUAACCUUUCCACCGUCCGUCCGUCCCCUCCUCGCUUCGGCUCCACCGAUCCAGCGCCUCCUCCUCGUCUCGCCUGCGGCCUCCCUCCCGUCGCCGUCGCGUCGCCCGCCUCGCCGGAUCCGCCGCCGCAGAGAUCGGCGCUUGGGAGGGUUGCAAGCAUGUAUAUUCGAGUAAAGCGGCACAAGAGUACCUACUUCAUACAAUGUGAUCCAACAGAGACAAUUUUGAAUAUCAAACAGAAAUUGGAAUCCAUAAUUGACCACCCUCCUAAUAAUCAGAGGCUGAUCUUGUUGGCUACCAACAAUGUAUUGAAUGAUUCAAAGACGCUGGCUGAUCAAAAGGUGGAGAAUGACACCAUUGUUGCAUUGACAUUGAGAAAAGACAACAACGAGUUCGAGGAAGUAUCCAUCGCCAAUCCAGACGAUUUCAUGUCAUCAUCAUGAGGCCAAUCUGUCCAUCUCUGCACUACUCAUCCAUGCAAGAACCGUGGCCUCCCCGGUAGCGGAUUUCAUGUUGCUUGUUCUAGGAUGUCGCUCAAUUGUCUCCACACUGUAAAGAUACUGUACUAAACAACCAUUGCAGAUGGCAUUAAGUUGUGAUUUGGACCCUCCAACUGAUAUAUGUGAUAUGUGCUCCCCCUACCCA